AUGAACCCCCGGGGCCUCUUCCAGGACUUCAACCCCAGUAAGUUCCUCAUCUACGCCUGCCUGCUGGUCUUCUCGGUGCUGCUGCCCCUCCGCCUGGACGGCGUCAUCCAGUGGAGCUACUGGGCCGUCUUCGCGCCCAUCUGGCUGUGGAAGCUCAUGGUCAUCGCGGGCGCGUCCGUGGGCGCCGGCGUGUGGGCCCGCAACCCUCGCUACCGCGCCGAGGGGGACGCCUGCGUGGAGUUCAAAGCCAUGUUGAUCUCCGUGGGCAUCCACCUGCUGCUGCUCAUGUUCGAAGUCCUGGUGUGCGACAGGGUGGAGAGGGGGACCCACUUCUGGCUGCUGGUCUUCAUGCCGCUCUUCUUCGUCUCCCCCGUGUCCGUGGCCGCUUGCGUCUGGGGGUUCCGACAUGACCGGUCGCUGGAGCUGGAGAUCCUGUGCUCCGUCAACAUCCUGCAGUUCAUCUUCGUCGCCCUGAGGCUGGACAGGAUCGUCCACUGGCCCUGGUUGGUGGUGCUGGUCCCGCUGUGGAUCCUCAUGUCCUUUCUCUGCUUGGUCGUGCUCUACUACAUCGUCUGGUCGCUGCUCUUCCUGCGGUCCCUGGAUGUGGCUGCGGAGCAGCGAAGAACACACGUGACCAUGGCCGUGAGCUGGAUAACCAUGGUGGUGCCGCUUCUCACUUUCGAGGUCCUGCUGGCUCACAGGGUGGACGGUCACAACACCUUCUCCUAUACAUCCAUAUGUGUCCCGCUGUGGCUUUCGCUGAUAACGUUAAUGGCCACGACCUUUAGGCGAAAGGGGGGCAAUCAUUGGUGGUUUGGGAUUCGCAGAGAUUUCUGCCAGUUUCUGCUGGAAAUUUUCCCGUUUUUAAGAGAAUACGGGAACAUUUCGUACGACCUACAUCACGAAGAUAGUGAAGAUGCCGAAGAAACAUCCGUUCCAGAAGGCCCUAAGAUUGCCCCCAUAUUUGGAAAGAAGGCCAGGGUGGUUAUAACCCAGAGCCCUGGAAAAUAUGUUCCCCCACCUCCCAAGUUAAAUAUUGACAUGCCAGAUUAAACUCCAGUUCUAGGGAGGGCCCCUGGUGGGAUAGAAACCAUACACACACCCGCAAACUCCACCUUCCUGUUUUUGUCUCUUCCCAAACCUAGAACAGAAAGUGGGGCUUCAGGUCCCUUCAUCUCAGCCUUUUUGAUGCCUGUCAGCAUGCACCAUAGCUUUAAGUAGAUAUUUUAACGUGGUUGUGCUGCGGGGUGUGUGUACACAGGUGAGAGAAUUUACGGUCUAGGUUGGGGCUUACAGACAGCCGGGAUUAGCAAGUCUUUAAAAGGAGUAACUAUACAGCUAUUUGAUUUGGUUUGGUUUUUUAAGUGCUGAUAUACCUAUCACAGGUAUUACUUUUUUUAAAGUUUAUUUUUAAACACUGCUAGCGUAAAAUUGUACUUCACAUUGCUCCUGUUGUGACAUCAUAGCAAAUAUAAAGAAUUCUCUUUGCGACCCCUUGUUUGUAAACCUCACAGUUGUUAUUUUUAGUGUGCCUGCUGUUAAAAAUCGUUCUUCUUUGGACUUCGCUGGUACUGGUCUUUCGUAUCUGAAUAGAUGACUCUUUGUAAGGGCGUGAAGCCAUGCAUAUAUAGUAUUUAUAUGAAUAUUUUUGCAAUGUAAUACGUUUAAUUCUCGUUCUAUACAGUACAGUGUAUUAUUUUUUUUAAGCUUGUAUGUGAAGAUCUAUGUCUACUGCAGAUGUUCUUAAAGAUUGUUUAAAACAUGAAUAUGU